AUGCAUGAACAGGUUUGCCAAAGAAAUGUUGGCAGAAGGAUGGAGAGCCUCAUCAACACCUCAUAUAACAUUUCUCUAUAUGACGAAUAUGAGGAUCCAUUUCCAAGGUCAUACGAGCUAGAUGAUGAUAGUGAGCAUGGCAAGGAACUAAUUUCGAAUAAUUUAAUCUGUCCAAUCAUGGAGAAAUAUAGUGACAAAGCUGAUGAAAAUGCAAGGCUAAUGGAUGAAUAUAUGGUUCCACUAGUUGUGGAAAGCCAGUCCAGUAUAUUAUAUCCGGCAUUUGUUCAGGUAAACUUCUACCUGAGGACUGAUGUGAUCAACAUGUUCCAAAACGCACUACAAUUCUUUGGAAGAGCUACGGAGAAUCCCAACAUUUAUACAUCAAGAUUUUUGGAUAUGUGUGCAACAAUCGAGUAUCAAGGGGUGUCCAGUGAAGCUAUUAGAUUGACGCUUUUCCCAUACACAUUGAAAGACUCAGCCACAGAGUGGCUAGACAUUUUUCCACCACAGUGCAUCACUAUAUGGAACCAAUCGAGUCAGAAAUUUCUUAGCAAAUAUUUUCCACGGAAAAGGAUUGCAAAGUUGAGGGACAAGAUUACCACAUUCCAACAACUGGACUCAGAAUGCUAUUCGUAUGCUUGGAAACGAUACAAGGGUUUACUCUGCCAAUGCCUACAACAUGGAUUGCAGAAAUGGCUUCGGGAGCAAUAUUUCUACAUUGGUCUGAAUCCAAUAAGCAAGGCUAACAUAGACUAUGUAUACGAAAAUUCUAUAAAAAGAACCACGGAUCAAGUCUACCAAAUCACGGAGGAUCUGGCAUUCACCAGUAGACUUUGGCCUAAUGAAAGAACGAGUGGAAAGAGAGCUAUUGGGGUAUUCGAAGUUGAUUCUUUAAUAGCAAUUUCAGUGCAGUUGACAUCAUUGGUACAGAAGGUGGAUCAGAUGAACGUAGCCUAA